CUGAGGGUGACGUGAGGAGGAGAGAGCGGUGAGCCUCUGCCUCCCGCGGGUGCAGCCGGGCCAACGGUCCCCACAGCCCCGGAGCCUGACGUGCGGCGAAGCGCAGCGCCGAGCUCCUCGGCCGGCGGCCCCCUCACUCCCUCCCAGGCCGGGCCGCCCCCUGCGCGGCCCCCGCGGCUCCUGGCACGGCCCCGCGCACCGCUGCCGCCCUGGCGCGCUCCACUCUGUCGUCCCCGGACGGGCGCGGACCAGCUCGACCGGGGCGUCGGCGGCUGGGCAGAGGGCGCUGGCCCCGGGGUCGCGCCGGUGCGGCCACCAACCUGGGGCUGUCCGUGGAGGGCGAGUGCUGGUUCCGGGGCGAGGCGACGCCCUUCGGGGUCAACGGGCCGCAGGCAGAUGUGGCCCUGGGAACGACUCACCCGUUUUCCAGCUCUGGGGCGGGGCUGGGGUCGGGGUCGGCGCCCAUGGGGGCCCAACCUCCGUCUCCUGGCCUACCCCCGUCGUGGGCCGCGAUGAUGGCGGCCCUGUACCCGAGCACGGACCUCUCGGGAGUCUCCUCCUCCUCCCUGCCUUCCUCCCCAUCCUCCUCGUCGCCCAACGAAGUGAUGGCGCUGAAGGAUGUGCGGGAGGUGAAGGAGGAGAACACCCUGAAUGAGAAGCUUUUCUUGCUGGCGUGCGACAAGGGUGACUAUUAUAUGGUUAAAAAGAUUUUGGAGGAAAACAGUUCAGGUGACUUGAACAUAAAUUGCGUAGAUGUGCUUGGGAGAAAUGCUGUUACCAUAACUAUUGAAAACGAAAGCUUGGAUAUACUGCAGCUGCUUUUGGACUACGGUUGUCAGUCCGCAGAUGCACUUUUGGUGGCCAUCGACUCUGAAGUAGUGGGAGCUGUCGAUAUACUACUUAAUCAUCGACCAAAACGAUCACCAAGACCAACUAUAGUAAAACUUAUGGAACGAAUUCAGAAUCCUGAAUAUUCAACAACGAUGGAUGUUGCCCCUGUCAUUUUAGCUGCUCAUCGUAACAACUAUGAAAUCCUUACCAUGCUUUUAAAACAGGACGUGUCUUUGCCCAAGCCCCAUGCAGUUGGCUGUGAAUGCACGCUGUGUUCUGCAAAAAACAAAAAGGACAGCCUCAGACAUUCCAGGUUUCGUCUUGAUAUCUAUAGAUGUCUAGCCAGCCCAGCUCUAAUAAUGUUAACAGAGGAGGAUCCAAUCCUGAGAGCAUUUGAACUUAGUGCUGACUUAAAAGAACUCAGCCUUGUGGAGGUGGAAUUCAGGAAUGAUUAUGAAGAGCUAGCCCGUCAGUGCAAAAUGUUUGCUAAAGAUUUGCUUGCACAAGCCCGGAAUUCACGUGAACUGGAAGUUAUACUAAACCAUACAUCUAGUGAUGAGCCUCUUGACAAACGGGGACUACUAGAAGAAAGAAUGAAUUUAAGUCGUCUAAAACUUGCUAUCAAAUAUAACCAAAAGGAGUUUGUCUCCCAGUCAAAUUGCCAGCAGUUCCUGAACACCGUUUGGUUUGGACAGAUGUCAGGUUACCGCCGUAAGCCCACCUGUAAGAAGAUAAUGACUGUUUUGACAGUUGGCAUCUUCUGGCCAGUUUUGUCUCUAUGUUAUUUGAUAGCUCCCAAAUCUCAAUUUGGCAGAAUCAUUCACACACCUUUUAUGAAAUUUAUUAUUCAUGGAGCAUCAUAUUUCACAUUCUUGCUGUUACUAAAUCUGUACUCACUAGUCUACAAUGAAGACAAGAAAAAUACAAUGGGCCCAGCCCUUGAGAGAAUAGACUACCUUCUCAUACUAUGGAUUAUUGGGAUGAUCUGGUCGGACAUUAAGAGACUCUGGUAUGAAGGGCUGGAAGACUUUUUAGAAGAGUCGCGUAAUCAGCUCAGCUUUGUCAUGAAUUCCCUCUACUUGGCAACCUUUGCCCUCAAAGUGGUGGCUCACAACAAGUUUCAUGACUUUGCUGACCGGAAGGACUGGGAUGCAUUCCACCCUACACUUGUAGCAGAAGGGCUUUUUGCAUUUGCAAACGUUUUGAGUUACCUUCGGCUCUUUUUUAUGUAUACAACAAGCUCGAUUUUGGGUCCACUGCAGAUUUCGAUGGGACAGAUGUUACAAGAUUUUGGGAAAUUUCUGGGGAUGUUCCUUCUUGUUCUGUUUUCCUUCACAAUUGGACUGACACAACUCUAUGACAAGGGAUACACUUCCAAAGAGCAGAAGGACUGUGUCGGCAUCUUCUGUGAACAACAGAGCAACGACACCUUUCACUCGUUCAUUGGCACCUGCUUUGCUUUGUUCUGGUACAUUUUCUCCUUAGCACAUGUGGCCAUCUUUGUCACAAGGUUUAGCUAUGGAGAAGAACUGCAGUCUUUUGUUGGAGCUGUGAUUGUUGGAACUUACAAUGUCGUGGUUGUGAUCGUGCUUACGAAGCUGCUGGUAGCCAUGCUUCAUAAGAGCUUUCAGUUGAUAGCAAAUCAUGAGGAUAAAGAAUGGAAGUUUGCUCGAGCAAAGCUAUGGCUUAGCUACUUUGAUGACAAAUGUACACUGCCCCCACCUUUCAACAUUAUUCCUUCACCAAAGACUAUCUGCUAUAUGAUCAGUAGCCUCAGUAAGUGGGUUUGCUCUCACACAUCGAAAGGCAAGGUCAAGCGGCAAAACAGUUUAAAGGAGUGGAGAAACUUGAAGCAAAAGAGAGACGAGAACUACCAGAAAGUGAUGUGCUGCCUAGUGCAUCGUUACCUGACAUCUAUGCGACAGAAGAUGCAGAGCACAGACCAGGCCACUGUGGAGAAUCUCAAUGAACUGCGCCAAGAUCUGUCAAAAUUCCGAAAUGAAAUAAGGGAUUUGCUUGGCUUUCGGACUUCUAAAUAUGCUAUGUUUUAUCCAAGAAAUUAAUCAUUUUCUAAUAACAAAUCUGAAAGACUGUAUUUGCAUACCUUACAACUAAACUAAUAAGAUAUAUAUGGACCUAAACAAUUACACAAAAGCCAUUCUUUAAAUAUUUAUAGCAUAAAUAUAUGUCAUGUAAAAUAUGUAUAUAGUUAGUUUUUUAAAACCUGUCUAUGGCUUUUUGUAGAAGCAAAACACAAUAAGUAAAUGGUUUUGUUAGCAUGCUAUUGGAUUUUCUUAGUUUGUCAGUGCUUAAAAUUUGUAAUGUUUGAGGGGCAGCUAUCAGUGUACAUAUUGCCCACUCCCUUUUAUAAAAUGAAUAUCAGCAAAUGCAGCUACCUUAAGAGACACUUGAAAUGUAGAGUUCACAAUGUUGAAAAUCUCCUGUUUUAGGAAUUCACACAGUAUUUAUUGUUUAAGAGUAUAGUUUUGUCUAAAAUACCACAUUUUUUUCUUUCGCUAUAAUCUUAAGCAACAAAGAAAAGUCUCUAAUGAAUAUCUGAAUUUAAGUCAGGCAUGGUGGCACACACCUUUAAUCCCAGCACUCAGGAGGCAGAAACAGGCAGAUCUUGGAGUUCAAGGCCAGCUUGGUCUACAGAGUAAGUUCUGGGACAACUGGGACUAUACAGAA